AUGGAUCCUCAGCAGAAUCAACACUUCCACGUCAACGGAAACGUUCUCGACAGUGUUGUACCCGAUACUGCGCAGCAGCUCAACGGUCAGAUCCCUCAGGUCGCCAACGGCAACGGCAUCCUCGACCCCGUGAUGCAACCAGGCCAGCCCUUUAUCCAGGACCCAGCGACCGGAGCCGGCAUGCUUCCCGUCCCAGGGGCUGGAUUCUUCAUGCCUCUCAUGAUGGCCAACGGAGCACAGCAGCAGCAGCAGGAGGGAGCAGCCAACGGUGGUGGCAUCAGUGCUGACGACCUCGCUCUGUACGACCGUCAGAUCCGCCUAUGGGGAGUAGCAGCGCAGGCCAAGAUCCAGAGCGCCAACAUCCUGCUCAUCACCAUCAAGGCGCUGGCGAGCGAGGUGGCCAAGAAUCUCGUCCUGGCGGGAGUGGGGUCCAUCACGAUCCUGGACGACUCGGCCGUGACCGAGGCCGAUGUGGGCGCGCAGUUCUUCCUGUCCGAGGCAGACGGCAACCUGGUGGGCCAGAACCGGGCGCAGGCGGCCAGCCGCGCCAUGCAGGAGCUCAACCCGCGGGUGCGCGUGCACGUGGACGCCGGAGGCAUCAAGUCCAAGGGGCCCAGCUACUUCUCCGGCUUCGACGUGGUCAUCGCCACCGACCUGGACCCGGACUCGUUCAACCUCAUCAACACGGCCACGCGGCUCAACGGGAAGCCAUUCUACGCCGCCAGCAGCCACGGCCUGUACGGCUUCAUCUUCAGCGACCUCAUCGAGCACGAGUUCGUCAUCGAGCGCGACGUCGGCAACGUGCCCACCCAGGUGGGUAAGCGGGAGUCCCGCACGCGCACCGUGAUCGACGUCAAGACGUCCACGUCCACGUCCACGUCCACGUCCGGCCGCGACGGCCACAAGUUCGGAAAGACCCCGACCGAGACGGUGACCAAGCGCGAGCUCUACUCGACCUGGUUCCUGGCCAGCGACGUGGCCGUCCUGCCGGAGGAGUACACGCGGUCCCGGCGCCGGCUCCGCGCCGUGUCCCCGGCCCUCUCCUGCCUCCGCGCCCUCUGGGAGUUCAUGCAGCUCGAGGGCGGGAGCCGCGUGCCGUCGAACCGAGACGACCUCAAGAAGUUCACCCAGCUCGCCACCCAGAAGCACAAGGCCCUCAGCCUGCCCCCCGAGACGCUCACCCCCGAAUUCCUCCGCAGCUUCCUCCAGAACCUCGGCAGCGAGCUGGCCCCCGUCACCGCCAUACUGGGCGGCCAGCUGGCGCAGGACGUCAUCAACGUCCUCGGCCAGAAGGAGCAGCCUAUCCAGAACAUGGUCAUCUUUGACGGGAAUUCCAUGGAGGCUCUGGUCUACCCCCUUCACCCGGAAGGCGUCCUGGGCGCCGGCCUGUUGACGAUGGACAGCAGCGUCUCGGGUGCCGAUGUUGCCGGUGUUGUCGGUGGUCAGGGUCUAUCGUUUGAUCAGAUGAUGCCUCCUCCUGUAUCCGAGGUGUGA